AUGGCGUCUCGUCCCAGUCGGUACCGAUCGUCAACCUCAGCAUCCAGCCCACCUCAGAGUUCGAAAGCCGUCGAAGUGCUCCGGAAGCUCCUUGAAAGCCUUACUGCAACCUUGAGCGCAAGGUCCCACCAUGGCUAUCCCAACACAGACGAGCUUGUCAAGCAGACUGUCCUCGUUAAACAACACCUAGCCGCGCCGGCACCACCUAGCCCGGUCCAAGACGACUUUCGCCAUCUUCGUGGCUUCCAUCUCAUUUUCGACUCACUACGGUCGUACUCGGGCUUCUACAACCCACAGAAGCGGAGCGAGGAAGAGAAAAAGAGCUUGUUUGCAUUUCUGGAUGCUAUUUUCGGAGUCCUGGCCGCGGCAUUCAGAGCACACCCCGGAAACAGGCGUUACUUUCGCACGAGAGUGGAGAGUGGCGGAUGGGAAGCCUUGGAACAGACAAUAGCCAGCAUCGGCCUUGGCGGCAGUGAUUUGGACUUCUGGACGAGUGGCCAGCUGUUCGGGAAAUUGCUAGCCUUCUCUUUGAACAACCCGGCCCUGGAUCAACUAUGCUCUACUACGGUCUCGAGAAAUGCCGAGAUCCAUAUAGAGGAUGUUUCAAGCAGCUAUGAGAUUGUGCCGCACGACGCAAAUAGCGAGGAUGGAGAGAAGCCAGCGGAUCCUAUCGCUCACAUUGGGAAAGCCGUACAUGAUUUGAUCGGACCCAACUCUACACUGCAGAACCCAGAAGUUGUUCGAACAAUCGUUGAUUUCUGGGUGUCCAUACCCCGGGAGAAAGACUCAAAGAAUGUCCUGAUUUCUGUGCUGGUGCUCAAGGUCAUAGCGGCAGUCACAGCCGCCUCCGAUUACAACCUGGCUCUUGUCCAUGAAACGGGUAUACUGUCGCGCCUGCUGGAGCUGGCAUUCGACGAAGAGUCGUUUCUCAAUGAAGUAGAACGCGAUAUUGUGUUAUACAUAUGCAGGAAACUUAUGUUCCUGGGCGUGAGGCGGUUAUCUGAUGCCCAAGCCCUACUUACCAAUAACUCUUCGGAUUCGGCCAAUUUUUGCCUUGAGAUGAUUCAAAAGCACCAGAGUCCACCUUUCAUACAGUUCGAUCUGUCACUGCAUGGGCACGCAUCCAUUGAUCUACCAAGCCUAGGACGGCCGUUUCCGCCUCAAUCAUCCGCAGGAUACACGUUCAGUGCGUGGAUUCGUGUGGACAAGUUCGAUACAAAGUCACACACGACUAUCUUCGGAGUUUUCGAUGUCACCCAGACCUGCUUCGUUUUGAUAUACCUCGAGAGGGAUACCCGAAACUUUAUCCUGCAGACAUCAGUGACCUCACAGCGACCUAGUGUUCGCUUCAAGUCCUUCACGUUUGAGGAAGGAAAAUGGUAUCACAUUGCUCUUGUUCAUCGGCGACCAAAGACCAUGACGCCAAGCAAGGCCUCGCUGUACGUGGAUGGAGAGUUUGUCGAACAAGUUCGAGCUCAAUAUCCUGCCUCCCCACCCCUCACCAACGCGAGCACAGAGAGCUUUGCCUCCUUCGCUUCAAACAAUAACAAAGCCAAGCCGGUGCAGGCUUUCCUAGGCACCCCCAGGGAACUUGCUACGUAUUUGGGUCAUGGCUUGGUUUCUGCAAAAUUGUCAUUUGCUACCGCACACCUGUUUGAAGAUAUACUUAGCGAGGAGCUCCUAGCUGUUGCCAGCCGACUAGGGCCUCGCUACCAGGGGAAUUUCCAAGACUGCCUGGGCGGCUUCCAAACAUACGAAGCCUCCGCAGCUUUAGGACUUCGGAAUGACACCGUCACCGUUGGAAAAGAUGGAAGCUCUGACAUCCUCAAGGCGAUAAGAGACAAGGCGGGAUACAUCUUGCCGGAACAGCGGAUUCUUCUUAGCAUGAUGCCAUCUUCCAUCUUCAGAGAAAAGGAUCCUCUUGGUGAUUCACAGUUAUUUCGAUCACUUUCGAGAGGGCCGGCGCAGACGUUGGUGCAGAUGACUCUCAAAAAUGGCAUAGGGGUUGCAAUCAACACUGCCCAGCCUUCAGUCAACGAAGCCUUGAUCCGCUCUAAUGGCGUUGCAGUAUUGUCCGGAGAACCUAUUAUUGCCGUACCACAAUAUAUUGAUGACGCGAUGUGGAGAUUGGCUGGGUUCACACCACUAGCUCUGAAGUUGAUCGAACGGUCAUCAACCCCCGAAGAGCUCCUCUACGCUACGGAAGUGGUAUUCCGCUGUGCCAACUCGAGCUGGAGAAAUAGCGAAGCUCUAGAAAGGGAUGGCGCCUACUCUAUUGUUGCCUUGCUGCUGAAAGCCAAAUUAGGGCUUGGUGCAGUUGCUUCAGGGGGUGAUAGGAUUGCAGAAAGGCUCAACCUCGAGAGUAUCGAACGAGAGAAGCUCUGCUUCCAACUACUGAGCCUCGUUCUCGAGUUCGUGGGCUAUAGACAUAGACAGCCCCUUGACUCGGUCAUUGCCAACCCCCUUGCCUAUCGGAUCCUGCUGAUUGACUUCGACGUAUGGAGGAAGUCCGCGCCAAUUGUCCAGGAGCUGUACUACAAACAGUUCGUCACUUUUGCGGUGAUGAGCAAGCAUCAUCAGUACAAUAAUCGUCGGUUGCUUCGAAUGCGCAUAGUCAAGAGAUUGCUGGACGCCCUGAAGGCGGAGCCAUUGCCUGAGGAUGUGCUACCUUUCUUCAUGACGACCCUCGAGAGUCUGGUCAAAUGCAGCCAUACUGCGGAAGUUCAUCGAGUCCUUGCACUGUUCAUCACAUACGCGUUUCAUUCACCCUCAACGUCACUGCCUAGAACUCCAAAGCCUGGCUCGGCCUUAUCAAAGCCCAGCACCCGCAUACUUCCGCGGAGACCUGCUGUUGAAGCCCACGGUUCUGGCAGUAAAAACUCGCUUCUGACCAAACGGCAAGUUGGCGUCAAGAUACUCGAUAUGUACAGUCAACUGCUGUGCGAGAAGGGGAAUCUUGUCAAUAUACGCAAGUUUGCCAAAACAGUGACAAACAAGUGGCUACUUUACCUGUUAACCGAAGACAGUCCGGAGAUCGUAAUUCAUGGCUGCAAGAUUUUGGCAAGGCUGCUGGUGACACAUGGGACGAUGUACACCAGCAAAUUCUCUGGCAAGACAGGAGGCUUCUCCGUCAUGGCUCAUCGCCUGAAACGGUGGUGGGACAUUCCCACUAUCUGGCCCAUUUGCCUUAGCAUACUUUUCGGACACGAUGUCGCAGACAUUGACUUCGAUAGGUCUUUCGACUUCUUUAGUUUGAUUGAGACGUUUGGAAAGUGCAAAGUCGUCCAUCCAGAAGCCUUACCAAUCAUUACAGCCCUGCUGCAACAUGGACUGAAAGAUGUCCUUAGAAAUCAAGAAGAUCCAGACUCGCCGUCUGGAGAUCGCUCUCCGCCCCCGCCGAAAGAUGCUGACGACAAGACGACAACGAGACCUCGGGCCAGGUCCAUGUCUCUUCUGCAGGAGCUCGAAACACGACAAACACCACAGUCAGGCCAGGAAAAGGUCGCUGGCAACGCUGCCGCUUUGCAGACCGUACUCCGAUUCCUAGCUGAUCUUCAUGGGAGAUCUGCAGAUUUCAGGGAUUUUGCACUCUCAUCAGAUUACGUGAAGCUGCUUUUGUCAGCAUUGUACCCAGCUAUUGUGAGCACAGAUGCAGUGACGCCGGAGACAGAAUUGAACUCCCGAGAUUCUGCUCUGACUUUCGACGGAGGCGACGUUAUGAUUCGGCCACUACCUGGGAGCUCGUCCACCCCCAUCGUAAGGACUUCUCACGUCCCAGACACAACGCUACAGAGACCAACGAACAGUGUACGAGGAACACCGCUGCGCAAAGCUUCUUCUUUCAUUCUUCUUACCUCGCAAAAAUCACCUCCCCCAAACCCAGCGCGCCUGACGCAUGUUAUGUCUCCGAAGAAGAAAGUAGCGUCCCAGGGUAUUGGGAACGCGGUAUUGGAAGGAAUGCUCGAGCUGAUCAUCAAUGUAUUCAUGGAUCAACUGUUGGUGCGGAAAGAGUUUCCGGGUUUUGGCCUCUUCUUGAAAGUGCCGCCCGGUUUCCAGGAGCACCAAGCAUACUUCGAGUCAUACGUUCUUCAGAGAACGAUCAACCACCUGUCUACUUCCAUCAAGCUCGACUGGAAGCUUCUGUCUGAACCAAGGGUACUGACAAACAUGGCACGUUUCAGCCUCCACAUGGUGGAAGCCAUCUUCGAAGGCUGGUUCAUGAAUGGCACAGAGUCCUUACUCGACUUUGCAGGCCUGCUUCUUGAGUACCUCCAAAAGCCGGAAGUUGCAAGACUCAAAACUGUGCGACUUUGUAGUCAAGCAGUCUCCACCAUCCGCGGUUCGUUCCUCAAGCUAAUAUUGCUCCGGUUAUCAGAGAUGGACGACCCUGAAACCGCCGACAUGGAUGCAAACUUCUCCAUGAACAAGGUCCUAUAUUGGCAAAUGGUCAUUCUAGACUCGCUGUCGGUUGAAGACGAUUACAUGAAGCUGCUAUGGUACCAGCUUUACGUUAAGUUGGUUGACAGUCGGGAGGCUGUCAGACUUGCCGCAGUGAACAUAUGGCGUAUCAUGCUGGUUCAAAAGCCUGAGGAGUGCUCCAUCAUGUUCCGACAGUUCAUGAUGCCAGAUCAAGCGGAUCUGACCGAUGAGUUCAAGAAACUAACCGAACUUGACAACGAUGCCUUUGUAGCAUGGGUUGAUGAGCAUCGUCCAUCUCUUGACGGCAUGUUUCUUAGUGGGCUCUCUCGGACCUGGGAGGACUUCGUGGCAUUCGAAAAUCACAAAACCUCGGAAACCGCGAAGUCCCGCCUUUCCAAGCGAAGGGACACGCUGAAACGAUGGCAGGUCGAAAGACUCGAAAGAGAAAAGGUAAUUCUGCAUCACGACAUGUCAAAUAUGGCCUGGAUGAAGUCAAUAUAUGGCUCUGAACACUACAAGUAUCAGAGGGGUAUGCAAGACCAACAAGACGAUGUCAUGUACUAUUCGGCGUCGUUUUCCAAGAUGCAGCGAGAUCUUUGUCGACCUGGUUCCGUGUUUCACGAACCUGGCCCAAUCAAGUGGAAGCUGGAUCGAACAGAGGGCCGCAAUAGAAUGAGAGUACGCCUCCUACCAGACUCAUCGGGGCAGAAUGAGGCAUACCAGCCUAAAAGAAAGACCACCGAUCUGCAGUCUGCAUCAAGCUUGAGGCUGAGCAAUGCUGUCCCUCCAGCGGUGGCAUCGUCCGUUAGCGUCACCCCUUCCUCAGCGCCUACUCCACCGACUGACACCGACGGAGCUCAAGAUGACAUUGACGGUGGGCUGGACCAAGGCGAGCAGGGACCCUCCGGAGCCGAGGGCGAACAGCCUGUAGUUCCGGAGGACGACUUUGAGAUGGUGGACGACCCCAAUGACCCAGAAGGCGAUGGUUUCGAGGAUAAGAAUCGAAGGGUCAUGCGGCGCCUGGAGUCUAAUGAUACGGUUCAGCAAGUUUACAACGUCUCACGCAUUAUCGGUUUAGAAACCUGUGAAGGUAUUCUUCUGAUCGGCAAGGACCAUCUCUACCUCAUGGACAACUUCUUCCAUUGUGCAGAUGGAGAAAUUGUGAAUGUUUGGGAGGCGCCAGAAGAAGAACGCGACCCCUUUUCGCAGAUUGUUAUGGGCAAGAAGGCUGGCGAAACUAGCGAAAAGCGAUCCCAAGCCAAUCGACGGACACAAGACUCUCGCAACUGGCGUUGGCAAGAUGUUAUCAGCAUCUCCAAACGUCGGUUCCUGUUUCGCGAUGUUGCUAUCGAAAUCUUCUUUACUGAUGGACGUAGCUAUCUGCUCACAGCCAUCAGUUCAACCGUUCGGGACGAAGUCUACGCAAGGCUCAUGAGCAAGAUCCCGCAUACUGCUGGGCCGAACUCUCUGCCCAAUCCAGAAGAUGCUUGGCGCCUUGAGUCGCUUAAGGUAUUUGAAGAGACUACGCAAGGGCUGGGAUCCAAAUUUGGGAGCCUCUUCAAUGCCUCGCCGUGGAAUCCGGUCAUGCGACGAUGGCAGCGAGGAGAAAUCUCAAACUUUCAUUACCUGAUGCUUAUCAACACGAUGGCUGGCAGGACUUUCAAUGAUCUGACACAAUACCCUGUCUUCCCCUGGAUUCUUGCCGAUUACACAAGCGAGGAGCUUGACUUGAAUGAUCCAGCCACCUUUCGCGAUCUUUCCAAACCAAUGGGGGCCCAGACUUUGAGUCGACAGGCCGAUUAUACGCUUCGAUACCAGAGCCUGGCUGAAAUUGGCGAGCAGCCAUUCCAUUAUGGGACACACUAUUCGUCGUCUAUGGUUGUUGCGUCCUACCUGAUUCGGUUGCCCCCGUUUGUCCAAUCCUAUAUCCUUAUGCAAGGUGGGACAUUCGAUCAUGCCGACAGACUGUUCUACUCGAUCGAAGGCUCAUGGAAAUCAGCUUCGCGUGAUAAUGGCGCCGAUGUGCGUGAGCUGAUCCCUGAGUUCUUCUAUCUACCCGAGUUUUUGGUCAAUUCCAAUGGGUACGAUUUCGGCGAGCGCCAGGGAGGCGGCGGCAAGGUCAAUCACGUACAGUUGCCGCCUUGGGCGAAGGGCGACCCCAAAAUCUUCAUAGCCAAGCACCGCGAGGCUUUGGAAAGCCCUUACGUGAGCCAACACCUGCAUCUCUGGAUUGACCUUAUUUUUGGUCACAAGCAGCGAGGGGAAGCCGCAGUGGAGAACAUGAACGUCUUCCACUGGCUUUCCUACCACGGGGCCAAAAACCUGGAUAGCAUCACUGAUGCUCAUGAAAGGGACUCAACGACGAGCAUCAUCCAUAACUUUGGACAGACUCCUCACCAGGUAUUUACGAGGCCUCAUCCACAAAGAGACAAUGUCGGGUUUCCGACGAAAAGACUCGACACGUCUUGUUCUGCUCUCGCCAGAAUACCGCACCCUCUACUGGAGAGCCACGAGCGGGUGGCCUCAUUGCUCUAUUCCUCCAAGCUGGACCGUCUGCUCUGCUCAUCUCCCUUCCGCAUCAACCUCCCUCCUUUCUAUGACAAGUAUCUGGAAUGGGGCUUUGCCGACAACAGCAUCCGCUUCUACUUUACGGAAAACAGAAAGAGUGCAGGGAUCAACGAGAACCUCCAUAUCGGGCAAAUAUCGUGCGUGGGCGUCGCGGAUUCCAAAACGCUCAUCACGGCGGGAGAAGACUGUGUGGUCUCCGUAUACAACAUUCAUACAGCAUCCGGUAAGCCGGUCGAGCUCACGAUACGUUCCUCUCUGUUUGGACACAAGACCCCGGUGACGACGGUAGCCGUUUCCAAGGCAUUCAGCACCUUUGUCACGGUCUCGGCCGAUGGCCAUGCCUUCCUAUGGGACCUCAACCGCCUCGAGUUUAUCCGGAAACUGCCCAACUCCCGCGUGAUCGAGUGUGCGCGCAUCAACGAUAGCUCGGGCGAGAUCAUGCUCUGCUCGGGGCCCAACGUGAUGCUCUACUCGCUGAACGGGGAGCUGAUCCUGGACCAGAACGUCUGCGGCGAGCACGACGAUUAUGUGCACUCGUGCGCGUUCUACGAGGGAUCUGGAAACGAAUGGCUGGAGAACUUCCUCGUCUUCACGGGGCACAGGAGGGGACGGGUCAACAUCUGGAAGAGGGCCGUCAGGAACGGGAAGUGGGUCCUGGAAUUUGUCAGGAGACUGGACCACAUCGAUGCACGGAGCGAGGUGGGCACGAACACGGAGGCGGCCAUCACGUGCAUCGCUCCUAUGCCGCAGACGGUAUACACCGGAGAUGAUGACGGGAGGGUGUACGAAUGGAACCUGAUCCAGAGGGAGAGAUAG